UAGUCGCGGGGACCCACGGGGCGGUAACGAGGACGGUCAGCGAGGAGAUGCCGAAGGGACCCGCGGGUCCUGGGGAAGCGGGGGAUGCUCGGGGGGACCGGCUCCCGGCAGGCUCAACGUGGACGGGCUGCUGGUCUACUUCCCCUACGACUACAUCUACCCGGAGCAGUUCUCUUACAUGCUGGAGCUCAAACGCACACUGGACGCCAAGGGUCAUGGAGUCCUGGAGAUGCCCUCAGGCACUGGGAAGACUGUGUCCCUGUUGGCCCUGAUCAUGGCAUACCAGAGGGCAUAUCCACUGGAGGUGACUAAACUCAUCUACUGCUCGAGGACUGUGCCUGAGAUUGAGAAGGUGAUCGAAGAGCUUCGAAAGUUGCUCCAUUUCUAUGAGAAGCAGGAGGGUGAGAAGCUGCCGUUUUUGGGGCUGGCUCUGAGCUCCCGGAAGAACCUGUGCAUUCAUCCCGAGGUGAUGCCCCUGCGCUUUGGGAAAGACGUCGACGGGAAAUGCCACAGCCUCACGGCCUCCUACGUGCGCGCACAGUACCAGCAGGACCCCAGCCUGCCCCACUGCCGCUUCUACGAGGAGUUUGACGUCCAUGGGCGCCAGGUGCCCCUCCCUGCUGGCAUCUACAACCUGGAUGACCUGAAGGCCCUGGGGCGGCGCCAGGGCUGGUGCCCCUACUUCCUUGCCCGCUAUUCGAUCUUGCACGCCAACGUGGUGGUUUACAGCUACCACUACCUCUUGGACCCCAAGAUCGCGGAGCUGGUCUCCAAGGAGCUGGCCCGGAAAGCUGUCGUGGUCUUCGACGAGGCCCACAACAUCGACAACGUCUGCAUCGACUCCAUGAGUGUCAACAUCACCCGCCGGACCCUCGACCGGUGCCAGGGCAACCUGGAGACCUUGCAGAAGACGGUGCUCAGGAUCAAGGAGACCGAUGAGCAGCGUCUGCGGGAGGAGUACCGCCGCCUGGUGGAGGGGCUGCGCGAGGCCAGUGCGGCCCGGGAGACCGACGCCCACCUGGCCAACCCCGUGCUUCCCGACGAGGUGCUCCAGGAGGCGGUUCCCGGCUCCAUCCGCACGGCCGAGCACUUCCUGGGCUUCCUCCGGCGGCUGCUGGAGUACGUCAAGUGGCGGCUGCGGGUACAGCACGUGGUGCAGGAGAGCCCCCCCGCCUUCCUGAGCGGCCUGGCCCAGCGUGUGUGCAUCCAGCGCAAGCCCCUCAGAUUCUGUGCCGAACGCCUCCGCUCCCUGCUGCACACCCUGGAGAUCGCCGACCUCGCUGACUUCUCUCCCCUCACCCUCCUCGCUAACUUCGCCACCCUCGUCAGCACCUACGCCAAGGGUUUCACCAUCAUCAUCGAGCCCUUUGAUGACAGGACCCCCACCAUUGCCAACCCCAUCCUGCACUUCAGCUGCAUGGACGCUUCCCUGGCCAUCAAACCCGUGUUCGAGCGCUUCCAGUCUGUCAUAAUCACAUCUGGGACGCUGUCCCCACUGGACAUCUACCCCAAGAUUCUGGACUUCCAUCCUGUCACCAUGGCAACCUUCACCAUGACGCUGGCCCGGGUGUGCCUCUGCCCGAUGAUCAUUGGUCGGGGCAAUGACCAGGUGGCCAUCAGCUCCAAAUUUGAGACCCGGGAAGAUAUUGCGGUGAUCCGGAACUACGGGAACCUCCUGCUGGAGAUGUCCGCCGUGGUCCCCGACGGCAUCGUGGCCUUCUUCACCAGCUAUCAGUACAUGGAGAGCACCGUGGCCUCCUGGUACGAGCAGGGCAUUCUCGAAAACAUCCAGAGGAACAAGCUGCUCUUCAUCGAGACACAAGAUGGGGCCGAGACCAGUGUCGCCCUGGAGAAGUACCAGGAGGCCUGCGAGAACGGCCGCGGAGCCAUCCUGCUGUCAGUGGCCCGAGGCAAAGUGUCCGAGGGAAUUGACUUUGUGCACCACUACGGGAGGGCCGUCAUCAUGUUUGGCGUUCCCUACGUCUACACCCAGAGCCGCAUUCUCAAGGCGCGGCUGGAGUACCUGCGGGACCAGUUCCAGAUCCGAGAGAACGACUUUCUCACCUUCGAUGCCAUGCGCCACGCAGCCCAGUGUGUGGGUCGGGCCAUCAGGGGCAAGACGGACUAUGGCCUCAUGGUCUUUGCCGAUAAGCGGUUCGCCCGGGCAGACAAGCGCGGGAAGCUUCCCCGCUGGAUCCAGGAGCACCUCACUGACGCCAACCUCAACCUGACGGUGGAUGAGGGGGUCCAGGUCGCCAAGUACUUCCUGAGGCAGAUGGCUCAGCCCUUCCACCGGGAGGACCAGCUGGGCCUGUCCCUGCUCAGCCUGGAGCAGCUGGAAUCGGAGGAGACGCUGCGGAGGAUAGAGCAGAUUGCUCAGCAGCUGUAGCUCAGGGCGGGGACUCCAGAGUCCUACC